GUAUAUGAGUUAAUGACCAGACCAUUAAUCUAUCUUCCGUCUGAAGCGGUUUUAAAUAACAUUUUUAUUUUUGUCAGGUUUCUGCGUUAACACAAAAGUUAGACUUAUACUCAAAUUAUAGCAAUCUGUAAUUAAAUUAUGCCAGGAAACCUAAACUUUACUUACAUUCUUAUAUGUGUUGUUAUUUACUGGGAUUAUAAUGAACGUUCUAAGGUAAGUAUAUACACGUGUAAAGCCAUCGAAACAUCAAAUUAUAAGUGUGUAUCUGCCUUCAUGAUAAAAACAGUCGUACUAUAAAUACUGAUAUCGGAGGCUAUAGUCGUUAAUAGACAUUAUUCAGUUAGUCUUGAUUUAUUGGUCGAAAAUUAUAGCUGUUAUUAACUUAGAACUUUUUUAAAUUGAAUUAUGGAGUUUGAAAUGGAUCAUGUACAGUUUUGGAUCCGAAGCCAUCAACGUACGCCGUCUGGGUCCCGGGACUUUAAAGAGGCGACCAAACGUGAUGCUCUGGCUCGUCUGGAAGUGGAACUCGAGAGACUUCUGUCUACAGUCCCCGAGCCCAAACAGCCCCUAGUGGAGAAAGAGUUCGCGGGAUUCAAGAAUCUAUUCAGCAGGUUCCUCGCUGAACAGGGUCCGUCUGUUACGUGGGAGAAAAUCCAGAAGCUUCCAGAACAUGCCGUCAUUGAUUACACCACGCUUCAGACUCCUACCACCGAUAGCAUUCACCACAUGCUGGAUAAGCUGGUGGUGGUGAAACUGAACGGUGGCCUGGGAACCUCCAUGGGCUGUAAAGGACCCAAGUCGGUCAUCCAAGUCAGAAAUGAACUGACCUUCCUCGAUCUGACUGUGCAACAAAUUGAGCAUCUGAACAAGACGUACAAAUGCAACGUUCCCCUGGUUCUCAUGAACUCUUUCAACACUGACGAGGACACGCUCAAGGUCAUCCGCAAGUACCGCGGCCUGAAGCUCGACAUCCACACCUUCAACCAGUCCUGCCAUCCCAGGAUCAACAGGGAAUCCUUACUGCCGCUGGCCAAAGACGCCGACGUACACUCGGAUAUCGAGGCUUGGUACCCGCCUGGUCACGGAGACUUCUACGAAUCUUUCUACAAUUCUGGUCUUCUGAAUAAAUUUAUUAAAGAGGGCAGGACGUACUGCUUCAUCAGCAACAUAGAUAAUCUGGGGGCGAACGUCGAUCUGAACAUCCUCAACCUGUUGUUGAAUCCGGACCAGAAGGAGCAAUCGGAAUUCGUCAUGGAGGUCACCGAUAAAACCAGAGCCGACGUCAAAGGUGGCACUCUCAUACAGUACGAGGAUAAACUUCGUCUCCUGGAAAUCGCUCAGGUGCCCAAAGAACACGUGGACGACUUCAAAUCGGUGAGCCAGUUCAAAUUCUUCAACACCAACAAUCUUUGGGCGAAGCUGGACGCCAUCAAGAGGGUCGUCGAACGAGGGUCCCUGAACAUGGAGAUAAUCGUGAACAAUAAGAGUCUAGCUGACGGAGUGAACGUCAUUCAACUGGAAACGGCCGUGGGCGCGGCCAUGAAGUGCUUCGAAGGCGGCAUCGGGGUCAACGUCCCACGAAGCAGAUUCCUGCCGGUCAAGAAGACCUCGGACCUGUUGUUGGUGAUGUCGAAUCUGUACAGCCUGUCGCACGGGUCGCUGGUGAUGUCUUCUCAGAGGAUGUUCCCAUCGACGCCUCUAGUGAAACUCGGUGACAACCACUUCGCCAAGGUGAAGGAGUUCCUGAACAGGUUCGCUACGAUCCCCGACCUCAUCGAGCUCGACCACCUCACCGUCUCCGGAGACGUGACCUUCGGCCGCGGCGUGUCUUUGAAGGGCACGGUUAUAAUAAUAGCCAACCACGGCGAGCGCAUCGACAUCCCCUCCGGGGCGCUGCUGGAGAACAAAAUAGUCUCAGGAAAUCUAAGGAUAUUGGACCAUUAGGGGAGAAAAUAAAACUGUAAAUAUAUUAGCGAGAAACCUUGUGUUCGAUAUCUGUACAUACAUGACAACCUCACCUUCAGCAUGUAGAUAUAAAAUUUUGUCAAUUUAGUUGGAGAUUUUUGUCAGCCCCAAAUCCUCGUUCGAUAUCCUCAAAAAAUAUGAAUAAUUUACAGAUCAACGACAAAUAUCUUGGAGAUUUGUUAAAAUAAAGCAAAUAUUGAGUUAUUUUUGGGACAUUAUCCAUCAUUAGAACGUUUCUGCGUUUUGAUAUCCAGAUGUGUCUAAUGAAGGAACGCUACUUUUGUUUCUGAGCAAUCAUUUUGUAGUAUAAGCCGUAGCUGUGAAACAGAUGAAGCACAAUUUUUUAAUAAUUUAUUUUUUAUAUAUAUAUUGUUUUAUAUCCUUGGCAUAAUAUUAUCGUAAGUGAAAUACGACUGGCUUGUUUUUUUUUUUUUGAAGAAUCUAAGUAAAUAGUUUAAGUCGAAAUAAUAUUAAUUGUCUCGUUGGUUUUAGUCCGAAACAGCGAACUGUUACAUGUUAGAUGUGAAUUUUUUAAUCUAUAUAUAAUUGUAUUUAUUUUAAUAAAAGUAAUUUAUUUGCGGUGCAAUAGUUAUUUAUAAAUGUGUGCCAUUUUAUGAAAAUAAAAAAAAUAUUGUUA